AUGGCUGAUAACGGAACUACAGAUCAAACUUCAGAACGAUGUAUUAUAACAAAGGCUUGUAAAAGCAGUCUUAGACUCGAUGAUGACGAUAAUCCUUCAUCCUCUCAAUCAUCUCACUCUAGUUAUGAGUAUCAACAACCACCUACUUACUCAAACCAACAAUUUCGAGAACAAGAUAUGUUGAUUUUAACAGAUGACACAAAAGAUCCAGCAAAGAGACCUACCAGAGCAAAUAUCCUGAAGGCAAUGAAAUGGCUAGUACAAGAUGCUCAGCCGAAUGAUUCCGGACAUGGAGGACAAGAACCAGAUCAAGAUGGCGACGAAGUAGAUGGAUAUGACGAGACCAUUAUGCCAGUUGAUUUUCAAGAAAAAGGACAAAUACUUGAUGAUAAAAUGCAUGAAAUAAUGGUUCGUCCACUUCCGAAGGGUGUAAGAUUAACGGCCAUUUUUGAUUCAUGUCAUUCUGGGACUGCACUUGAUUUACCAUAUAUAUAUGCUACAGAUGGACAAGAAAAAAAAUUAAACCUUUUUUGUGCAGGAGCAAAUGCAGUUAUGGAUGCCGGAUUAUCAUAUAUGCGAGGUGAUGCAGCAGGUAUAAAAGCAUCUUUUAAAUCUUUUACCGUAAAAGCUAUGCAUGGGUAUGACAUAGCAGAGAAAAUUAAACAAACCAAAUCUAGUCCUGCCGACGUUAUCAUGUUUAGUGGGUGUAAAGAUGCCCAGACAUCUGCAGAUGUUAAGGAUGCAGAAAUGUCUACAGGAGCGAUGUCUCAUGCUUUUAUUAAAACAUUAAGAGACAAAAAGAAUCAAACGUAUCAAGAACUGUUGAAUAAUAUCAGAGAAAUCCUUGCAUUAAAAUACACACAGAAACCGCAACUUAGCGCAUCGCACGAAACCAACAUGGGAGAUUUCUUUAUUAUGUAG